GUAUUGUUUGAAACAAGAGAGUAACCCCCCUUUGCAUACAUCGUUUUGUCGUCGUUAGACGGUUAGUUCCAUAGAUUCUACUAUAAUUGUAAAGCUGGUGUUAGGGGAACUCCAAAUGAAGUCAAUAACAAAUUGACUUCGGCAAAAACUGGAGGAAAAGGAGCUUCAUCAACGCGAAGUUUAUGUAGAAGUAUGUCACAACGUGGCCCAGAAAAACAGAGGCGGAUCUACUCCGCGAUGGAUUUUUAAAAAUGUAGCCGACACACACAGACAAAAGAACGAAAUGCAUUUAACCUUGGGGUCUCGCAGAUUUGUAGAAAUUAAUAUCGCCAUCAGACGGUUUUAUUCUAAGUCUGCAACCGCUGAACGAUGGCGAACACUCAUUCGAACACACACAGAAGUUUCAACUGAUCACAUGACCCCAGAAAUACAACUUCAUUUAAUCACCCAGAAGUGUUCAUUGUGGCAUAGUAGAGGAGAAGAUGUGCCGUUCCCAGACCCAUUCUGGGCUUUCUACUGGCCCGGAGGACAGGUGCUCUCAAGGUUUGUCCUGGACAAUGCUCGACUUUUUUCUGACAAGAGAGUCCUUGAUAUCGGGAGUGGAUGCGGAGCUUCCGCUAUAGCAAGCAAGAUGUCCGGCGCUCACACCGUCUGUGCCAACGAUAUAGACCGGGUGGCAAUAGAAGCUAUAAAAAUGAAUUGUGAACUGAACGGAGUGUUUGUCGACACAUCCGCCGAUGACGUCAUAGGCAGGCAGCUUCAGGAUUGGGACAUCGUAUUUUUAGGAGACAUGUUCUAUGAUUCGUACUUUGCGAAUUUGUUCAGCUGUUGGUUACCCAGGUUAUCACAAGGGGGUAUAGAUGUGUUGGUGGGUGAUCCGGGACGACUGCCUUUGAGCGACCAUCCGCUAAAGAAGAAUCUAGUUAGUCUUUAUCAGUGCUCACUUCCGGAAAACAGUCUCAAAGAGAACAGUGGUAUGUCUACCGGGACGGUGUGGCAGUACAGGGCUUAGUUACAACGGGCCCCGUCAUACAUAUCAGAGACCAAUGGAAAAGGCGUUGGAUGUAGACGAAUUCCACGUCAUUCGUCUGUGUCUUCUGUUACAAACCUCUGCUGAAUGUCACGUGUCUUUGUGUAGAGUGCGCUAAGUGUGUGAAGGUAAAUACUUGCACGGUAUAGCCAGUCCAGCAAAUAAUAUCCCCAUCGUCACGUGACUUAGAUGCGGGCUAUGUCUUGCCAUAGUAUUCUGUUUAUAAAACUAUGCUAUGACACAUUAAGCCCAUUUUUUAAACAUGUUUGGUUUUUGCAGUCUAUUGAAGCUCAAAACCUUAUAAUAUUCAUGUUUGCUUCAUUUGUAUACCAUCAUGAUGGUACUUCAACAUUUUAUAAAUCAGUUGAGGAAUUGCCUUUAUAAGCGAGAACGGAUUUAGGAUUUCAGUUUAGAGGGGCAUGAAAAAGGGGUCUGUUGGUUGCUUUUAGGUUCCCAGUUCGCCCUAAUGGUCGCCAAAGGGGACAAGACCCCCGGAACGCCACGUGGUUAACUGUGUUUUAUUAAUGAAUCCUGUGUAAAACUAAUAGAAUCCUCAAGUACACAUGCUGCAGUUUGGGAAUAAAUAAUAUUUCAGUUUUUAACAUCCCAUCAUGGUUGAUAACGCUGUUGGCUCCAUUUGUCUAUAUAGCAUAUCUUUGAUAGACAGACUUGGGUGAAGUAUAUAUUUUUAAACGUUUACAUGUACUCUGAACUUCCUCCAUAUACAUGCUGUAAAACUUGUAAGUUUUGUGAUCGUUUGAGGCGCACCUGCUGAUUUUGAAAUGAUUUAUUUUAAGUUCUGCGGCAAUAUCAACCGGACACAUCCCAUAUUGAAACCUUAAAAAGUGACAUUCCAUCAUGUCCUGUAGCGGAUUUAAGGGGGGCGCACCCCCCACCUGCUAAAGUUUUUUUAAAAGGUAAAUCGUUGUCUUUUGUUUAGUAAAAAUGUUAAUUAUGAAAUAGGCAAUAAUUUCUUCUACUCGGAGAAAUAGCUGACAAAAUCUUUUGAUUUAUUGAAUUACAUGUACUUUUAUUUGGAGAACUUACAUUUUUUCCAAAAAUCCUUAAAAUUUGCGUCAUUUUAUUAAUUUCACCUUAUCGAAAAUGAUAGAAAAUAGUAAAAAUGACAACAUUGCAGACAUAUUUCAAGCCCAAUAAAAUCUGUAUUUAAUCCAGGAGCUUUUGGGGGCUGGGUCCCCAUCAGGGCUUCGCCCUGAACCUACUGGAGGUAUCAAGGCGGUCCCCAGACCCCCUGCCUCAUAAAGUUGCUUCUUCCUAAUCGUGAUUCCUGGAUCCACCCCUGAUAUCAGUCAUCAACAUACAACUGAUUGACCUUUAUGAUAAAUACUCAGUAAAAUAUGGCCUCGUUUUGUUCACGUUGGUAACGUUCAUUCGUGUUUUAGGAGCAAAUCACACAUUUCUUAUCAAUUUUGUCAAAUUUCCUUCAUGCUGGCCUCCAUAUUUCUUCAAUAGGAUUGAAUAACAUUGCAUGUGGAUAAUGCUGUAGAAUCAUUUAAAUUCGUAGGGGCCAAUUUUCGUGGAUUGCUGAAUUUUUACGAGUUCGUGGGUACGUAAUUUCGUGGAUUUAUAUAUUUGUAAUAAAGAUAAUUCUGGAAUGUCUUUAUUCGUUGAGGAUGUAAAUUCGUGGGUGAAGGGUACCCACGAAUUCCACGAAAAUUGAGCCACCACGAAUUCUAAUGAUUCCACAGUAGGUGAAGUUUGCUUGUUAUGCAAACUUCGGUAAAAAGUUACUAAUGUUUCGAGCAAUUUUUAAAAGAUUCUAUUAUUCUCUACAUGAUUUGACGAAUGGGCAGGUCUUCUAUUCUCUACAUGAUUUGACGAAUGGGCAGGUCUUCUAUUAUUCUCUAUAUGAUUUGACGAAUGGACGGGUCUGGUAUUAUUCUCUACUUGAUUUGACGAAUGGGCGGGUCUGGUAUUGUAUGACUGCAAUGAAUAGUUGUUUCCGUCAAUUAUUUCGUCAUCGUUAAAAAAAAAUUACGUGUCUAAAGUGCCAACUACAUAUUCAUAUAUUUACAUGUACCUUUCGACAUUUCUCUCGAGACAUUGCCUAAAGAAGCACUACAUUUCCAGCGCUACCUGUAGUACGGCCUUGGUCAACUGGGUUCGUAUAGUAACGGGUGAUGAAGGUAGCCUUGCAGAAAAAAUUCAUAACCUGCAAUGAUUUACCAAAAUUGUAAAUUUCAUGAUCCUAUGGAGUAAGGGUUUAGUUUCAAGGUGGUGUCAAAAUUAUUAUAAUUUGAAUUCUUUAAGUUUGCUGAUACCAUAUAAAAUCUAAAUGCAUAAUUAGGAGAAGCCGAAAAUGAUGUAUUAAAAAGUGAUGAAUUUUGCAACCUAAGGGUUUUGAAUCUAGUGUAACGUAUUUCCUUAUAUUCUAGAAGGCUAUCAAAGUUCGUGCCUUGUCAGUUCAAGGGUUCGAGGUGUAAUUGAAUAGUAACUUUCAUUGAAAAAAUAAAAUUGGGAAUGUUAUUAGAAAUUGGGCCUGUAAAUAUAUACAACUAUGCCCUAACCCUACUCAGGUUAAUAAUUACUUUAAAAUCAAGGGCAUUCAAUCAACAUACAAAGAUCAGGGAUUAACCAAAUGAUUUAUAAUAUCAAAGUAAUUCAACAAUGGGUAUGACCACCCUCAGCCAACUACUGUCUGACCUCGGACUAACGCUUGUACUGCAGCCUUAUUCAGGACACACAGUACAAGUGACAGCCCUUCAACCGCUGCACACACUGUAGAGCCUUAUUCAGGCAGACACUGUGAACAACAGCCUGGUCGUCAGUCAAGUCCAGUACACAGAACAGACAAAUUAUGUGGCUAGCCUUUAUCUGGUCGAUCUCGACAGUGGCAGACUUCUUACGACUAAGGUCAGCCUAUUAAAAGGACAACCUCAAUGCCUUCACUCUAAUAUCGUUACAACGUACGGAGUCAAUCACUGGCUUACUCAGUAAAUCACUUUAUUGCUUGCAACUUACUGUUAAUCUUGUCCACCACGUCUUCUCGCUCUGGGCUUUGACGAUAUAAAUGACAGACGACAAUUUUCUAGUGCUAGGUCAUGUGACUAAAAUACGGCUGUUUACAUUGGAAACUACAAUGUAGAUCCUGGAUGGUCGAUGGAUAAAUUCCCGGAAUAUUAAACUAGGAUGGGUCCAAAUUAGUCAUAUCGUUUAAUGUUAAUACAUAUAUUAUAUUAUUUCAUGUAAAGCCUUUCAUCAGUGUAUACACUUUUGAGGGCAUUUAAGUUAAGAACACAUCUUGUUUUUUUUACUGCACGCUUGUUAAGUGAUUAAAAGUUCUUUAAAUGUUUUUAGAAUCCACAUUUGAUUUACACCACUUCUGGUAUAUGUUGUGGCACAAAACCUUUGAAGUUUCUCCUUAAUAUUUUGGUGUGGAGCAAAGAUACGGGUUUGGUAGAAUAUUUCCUGUAUCUCUAUAAUGUCAUUGAGAGCUUGGAGAGCAGAGGCACCAUGGUUUUCAUCCGGGUACUCUGGUUUCCUUUCACAUAAUGAACCUCUAGCUCCAACACUCGCGCACCGAAGGGUCCCAUUGGAAAUAGUAUAUAUACGAGGUCUUUUGGUAUAUACGUAAUCUACUAUGUUUGUUUGUAUGUAUGUAGAUACCGAAUUAACAUAUAUGUAUUUAUCUAUACAUUUAAUGAACACAAUGAAGUUUUAAAAUGUAUGUAAUCUUCUUGCAUGUCAUAUUGUCCAUCACAAUUUAUUGUAAGAUACAUUUAUUCAACCAAACCAAAUAUUGCCCUAUCGACAAUCAUGCGUCAGUUAAAUGUCUUUAUUCUC